AGUUUUGUACCGCAAUCAAGUGUAGAUAGUGUCCAUUUCAACAUGUUUGUUUAUUGCAUCAGAGGUUGAAAACCAGGCCUCCAGGAAUACUUGUGCUUGACUUUGUCUCACUUGUCCUAGUACUGUAACCUUGUCCCAGUUAAAUUGAUGUCCUUGUGCAUCGGAAUGUAUUGAAACGAAGGAGAGUUGGUCGUGCCAUUUUGCUGCGAGUUGAUGUUCACGUAUCCUGGUAGUUAUAAUUUUACUUCAGAUAGCGUUUCCUCCCCAGAACAGAGGGCCUUGACAUAUCAUCGAAUAGUCGAAGCCUUUAAAUUUGCAUACGCAAAGAGAAGCAUGAUGGGAGAUCCAUCGUUUGUCAACAUGACUGAGCUCAUUUCCAAUAUGACUUCAGAGUAUUUCGCAGCAAGGCUUUGGAUUAAAAUCACAGACAAUACGACACAUCCUACACCAUACUAUGAGCCUGAGUUCUACACUACCGAGGAUCAUGGGACUGCCCAUUUGUCCCUUGUGGCAGAGGAUGGCAGUGCAGUGUCAGUAACCAGCACCAUUAACUUAUACUUUGGGUCAAAGGUGAGGUCCAGCAAAAAUGGGAUCAUUUUCAACGAUGAAAUGGAUGACUUUUCUUCACCAGGCAGUCUGAAUGGGUUUGAUGUUCCACCUUCCCCAGCCAACUUCAUCAUGCCAGGUAAAACACCUCUAUCCUCUAUGUGCCCUGCUAUUAUACUUGAUAAAAACAGGUCAGUGAAAAUGGUGGUGGGAGCCUCAGGAGGAACAAUGAUCACCACGGCAACUGCUCUGGUGAUAAUGAAUGUGUUGUGGUUUAACUACAAUGUUGAGAGAGCUGUCACUGAACCUAGAUUUCACAAUCAACUAUUCCCCAAUGUGACUCAAGUUGAGGAAGCUAUAGAGGAGGCUGUACAAGAAGGCUUGCGAGAGAGGCACCACACAUUGAAGACGAUAACUAAGCUUCCAUCAGGGGGUGUCGUCCAGGCCAUUGUCAGAGAUGGACGAAAGUGGUUUGCUGAAUCAGACUAUCGUAAAGGUGGCAAGCCUGCAGGUUACUGAUGGGCCUGUGUAAUUA